CGAUGCAUUUUUUGUACAGUUUUUUGCGUAUCCAUGACGCACAAAGGAUUGGCAGAGGUAAAUUGCAAGUUUAACGAGCCCAAUAUCGACGAAACGUUGGACACCCGAAGGAUUUCGGUCAAGUUGAACUUGACAAGUUCCCAAUAUCGAUGAUAUUGGGUUUAGGAAGGGAUAUCGCUAUCGCAUAUCUAUAUAAUUUAUUAAUCGAGCAGUUGGCCACUUGUGCGUGCGUGCAUGGUUCGUUUCCAUCGAAGUGAAACGUUUCUCCGGCGAGGUCACCUGUAAAUAAGCGACGCGACGCAGGAUACGAAAAUUAUUUCGGGAUAUAAAUUUUCGUUUUCCAUUUGUGUAUAAAUGUGCGAAUAAUAUUUUUCGUCUCGAUAACGGUACACUUUUGCGGUACCAAUUGGUGAACCUUAAGGUAUGUGCGUACACGGAAUAAAUAAUGCAUAGAGUUGAUUAAAUGAAUAUGUAUCCAGAUUCCCGAUACUUUACGAAGUUUCGGUUAGACGCCAACAGAGGCAUCCGAUGGUAUCGAGUUUAAUACAAACAUCGUUCUCGACUAAAUCAAAUGGUAUCGAAUAUUGCUAACGGUAUCGAAUUAAGCCACAACGAGAACUUCCGAACGAAUAGAAUUUAUUCAUCGACGUUCAAAGUUAAUCGACCUAUCCCCAAUUGCAAUGAUAAUAGUUUCUGCGCGGAACGGUUUGAGAGCCGCUGUGACCCAGUGUAUAAUAAUGUUAUUUAAGUAUCCUUUCGAUACGUUUACUCUCUGUGCAUUUCAAAGAAUAAAAAGGACGAGCGCGAAGGAGCUUCGGGGCGCGCGCGCGUGCGAGCGUCCAGUUAAGGGUGGUUUUCGUGAGAAGGAUCGACGCAGAGCGAAAGGCAAGAGAGAAGGAGGGCGACGAUUGGUCGGGGCUUGAGGAUGCAGUGCCGUCUCAACGAAUGGUCACGGUGGGUACGUUCCAAGGAGCCCUAUGGGAAUGUACAACAUGUAUGUGAAACAUGUAUGUUGCAGUGAAUGAUGUAUGUGGCAUUAGUUUAGACGUGGUCUUCAACCUUCUUUCUUUUCAGGGGGGAAUUAAGGGGAUGCUAUUAACACUAAACCUACCACGACCGUUUUCAAACUUUCUUAUACAGUUCUUAUAUGUAAUAUAUGAAUUAUACAGGGUGUCCCAAAAAUGUUGUAAUACCUUGAAAGGGUAGGUUCGGGAGGUGAUUUGAAACAACUUUUUCCUUAGCGAAAAUGUUGUCCGAGGCUUCGUUGAGGAGAUAUUAACAGAAAACACUGACCAAUCAGAGCUCGCGGAUACCGUUGGAGCGGCCGCGGUAGCGAAGGCUAUGUGCUAAGCGGCCGCGCUCGUACGCGAACAAGUGACACGACGCGUAUCGAAGGUUGAGAUGGCGUGAACUGCUACUUUUGAAUCACUCGUGAUUCAAUCACGUUCAUUCUCAAUCACGAUGAUUUUUCACAGUGAUUCGUGAUUCUUCGUGCUCGCUUCUGAUUGGUACAGAACAUUCUUUUCACUUUUCACGAAUUAUGUUAUUCUUAGGUUAUAUAUACAUAAUAUUGUUCAGGACACCUUUUUUUCAGCAAAAACACAAGGUUGAUUCGUCUAAAAUAUAGAGGUUUAUUAUUAUUACAUAAUAAAUAGUUUGUGCACGUACUAUGUUUCCUAACCUAAAAUACUAACCUAAGAUAUAGAGAAUCAACAAUAUAAUGUUUGUGUUUCCCUAUGUUUUCUAUACGUACUAUUAUUAGUAUAUUAUAUUAUAGUAAAUAUAUUAUAUAUAUUACAUUAUAGUAAAUGAACUACUAUUUAAUUAUUUAUCUAAAUUGUCUGUUUAAAAAUAUCUUUUUAGUUUCUCUGUCUAUCUCCACUACCGUCCUCUGUGGAACAUAAGUCUCGCUCACCAACCUAUACACAAAGCUUACAUAUGUAUUAUAAUAUGGUCUAAAAAGCAGUGUUAAUAUAAUUUUAAUACACUUUAAAUUUGAUUCAUUUGUACCUUCUUGAAUUUCCGCUAAGGGGAGACAGUGAUACACUAACGAUAAUAAUUAACAUGAAUCACUUCUGAAACGUCAUCUUCCGGAUCACGGUCGUGAUCGAAAUCACUAACAGUGAUUUUUCACGCCAUCCCUAAUCGAAAGACAUUGAACACGGCCGCUUAGCUCGUAGCCUUCGCUACCACAGCCGCUCCAACGGUAUACGCGCGCUCUGAUUGGUCGAUGUUUUCCGUUAAUAUCUCCUUAACGAAGCCUCGGACAACAUUUUCGCUAAGGAAAAAGUUGUUUCAAAUCACCCGAACCACCCCUUUCAAUGUGUUACAACCUUUUUUGGGACACCCUGUAUAGCGAGGGUGGUUGGGAAGCCCCGUGAACCUAGAGUCGAUACGGGCCUGAGAGGAUGCGUGGUCCGCUCAACCCGGGCACCACUGGCACUUUGUCCAGUCUGCCGCCGACCGCCGUAGAUGCGCGGUCAGUCUCUCCCCACUCUCGCUUCCGGUUACGCGCAACCACAGUCACCUCUCGCCGACCGAUGACAAAAGAACGCCGCCGCGCGUACUCCUCCGCGCCAUGCACAGACACGACAUAACGCGCCUCCAUCGAGAGCUGUGAUCCAGCGUUAAAGGAAAGAUCCGAUCUACGUGUGCAAUGGUGUCCGCCUGACUCCCGUGUCCCGAUCCUCCGGCGGAGGAACGUGUCUUUCCCAUCGACCACGUCGACGCCGAUUCGAAAACGACCCCAGGGGUCAACCACCCUGCGCCCAGUUUCGCGAACUCGUCCUCUGAAUGCGAUUGUCCCGUGUUUUCCUGCCCUCGACCCGCCACGCCGUCGUCCUCUCCAGGCUCUUAUCGAAUUUUCACCGAGAGGACCGAGCCUGCAACCUUCCACGGAGAAACACACUGGCCGCCUGGCUGCCCCCCUCUGGCGAGCUCGGAGAACCUGAGGACGGUCGGGCCGCGGCGAACGAAUGAAGAUAACGAGGAUGAGAGUAAAGAAGAGGGAUGAAGUAGCCGUGGUGUGACCCGUGACAGCAAAAAGGCCGGACAAGGAGGGUCGUGGUUCGUCAGAAGGGAUUUUCAGAGGCAGCCAAGGGCUAACCAGGAAUGGCUACGCCGCCGGACUCGCCGGGACCGGAAGAGGCACUUUUUGACUUCGAGAGCUCCAGAACUAGGCAACAAACCACCCGACCGGUCGCUCUCGAGGAACUCCUCCGGCUGACCAAGUUCUCGCGACAGGAAAUCCGAGUUAUGUACCGAGGUUUCAAGCAGGAGUGUCCGGAGGGUGUGGUGCACGAGGACUCAUUUAAGGACAUCUACGCGAAAUUCUUCCCCCAUGGCAACUCUAGCCUCUAUGCCCACUACGUGUUCAAGGCCUUUGAUGUCAACUGCAACGGCGCCAUCAGCUUCAGGGAUCUUCUGGUGACUUUGUCAACGCUGUUACGGGGAAGCAUCUACGAGAAGCUACGAUGGACGUUCAAGCUGUACGACAUAAACGGCGAUGGAUGCAUCACCAGAGGGGAGCUAGGAGAAGUAGUGACGGCUGUGCACGAGCUUAUGGGCAGGCGGCAUCACGCCGAAGAGGAGAGAAAAGCGAGGGAACAGUUGGAUAGGGUGUUCAAGAAACUCGACCUAAACCAGGACGGCGUAAUAACGAUCGAGGAAUUUAUAGAAAGCUGCUUGAAGGAUGACGUGAUCACUCGGUCCCUGGCAAUGUUCGAUUGCGCGCUUUGAUCUCCGGCGAAGGAAGAGCCCCCGGCAGUGACCACGACGCCGCCAACGCCGCUCUCCACCACGACAACCUUCUCGCAGUCCCAGUCGCCUUCGCCACCGCCGCCGUCCUACUCUCUGCUGCCACCGAUUCCACCGCCUUUGCCUUCUCAACCACCUCCAGGUUACACUGUUCAGGAUCAGGAGUUGUACAUGCUUCUAGCGGCGCACUGGUGGAAUCAACCGGAGGCACCGCUCUUUUGUUAAGGGAUGCGAUAAACGUGAUUCCUGACAGGGAUGAGCUCCAAUUUCCGGGAAGAGAAAGAGAGAGCCAAGCGACAUAGGUAAUCGUCGGAAUCUUGCGGGUUCAAGAAUACGAUUAAAUUUGUUCGUCGCGACGAACGAGCUGCAGGUGUUUCUUCUUGCGGAAGAGGUAUUUUACGUCACGUAAGUGAACCUAUCGGAGUACGUCCCGACGCGAGGUACUCCUGAUAACGAUGUGUCAAUUGCGAGUCAACAACUCAGAGUAUGGAAUCGUUAACAAGUGAAUUUAAGACGAGAGAAAUUAGAAAGAAAGUAAAAUCAAUUCUAAGAAUACCACGAAACGAGGGAUUCGUUGUAGGAAGAUUUUGAUAUCGAGUUCUCUGAGCUGAGAAGGAUAUUUGAUAUACGUUUCGAGAGGAUAAGGAGUAGGAAAGAAUUCGACGUGAAAGAGCAUUCGACUUUGUUUGACUUCCGUGCCAAAGCCCCGUGUAAAAACUAUUUUAUUCGUUUCGCGAACGAUGAGGAGCUUCGAAAGAUACGAUUUUACUUAUGGGAUUAAUCAAGGAUGAUCGUGAGAUAAAGUUGCACGUUAAACCGAUAAUUUCAAAAUGCUUUUCUUGAUCCUGCAACCAACCACUCGAUGGUACAAGUCGAAGGGAUUUGCUUUAGUUUUUAGACAAUCGUGCGUAUCGCGAGUUCCAUUCGAAAGAAGUGUCUUCGUUCAUCGAUACUUAUAUAGUCCCGUUGACGAAACGACAGGACGAUAUUCUGUUGUCAAUGAUAAACCAGGGGGCAACCAUUCUCGAGUACGUUUGUAGAGAUAUCGUAGACCUAAGCGAUUGAGAAUCAAUUUUUUUAAAAAUUGUUAAAAGUCGUAGACACUAAGCGAACACAUUGAGUAGUUAAGGAUAGGUCUCGUUGAUUAGAACGCGAGAGAAGUUUCUGUUAUCCGCUCACCCACGCCAAUGGAACACCAAACUGCAAUAAUUAACUCGUACUAAUGAUCGUAAUAGAAACGCGAGUAUAUAUCGAAAUUGAGCGGUUCGUUUAAAUUUCGAAUAUCGAGUGGUGCAGGAAAUUUUUCAACCUCCGGAGCCUCCGCCCUUCGUUUCCCAAGUAUCGUGGGUACACCUGUAACAUUUACCUGAGUUCUCGAAACAUAGAUUUCAAGUUGGAAAGUUCUCGCCACUCUCUAUCAUAACUUGUGUCUUUAAACUUGGUUAGUUGUCUGUUCAAGCACAGUAAUUCACUCAGAAUGUCGAAUAAUUCGAGUGAUACUUACCUGAAUAUACUUUUUCUUUCUAUUUUUUCCAAGUAGCGAAUCAAACGAAUUAGAGUGGUCGAUUUAGGACAAGCUAAUCUAUGAUAGGAAUUUGUUGACUGUUAUUCUCUCUUCGUAGCACUGACACGGUCACUUGUCAAUUGGUGAAAUCCCUCGUCACGGUGUUUUUAAUAAGGAUCGAUGAUGCGUAGGUUGCUAGGCACGUUCCUAUAACAACUGUUACUCGGUAAUUAAUAGACUGCGGAACUUUAUACAAAAUAAUAUGAACUUUACUUUCAAUAUUUUAUAUGUAUCAUUGGCUACUAUGUUUAUUCUAUAGUUUCUUGCAUGUUCAGAUUUCCUAUAAAUGCAUAAGAAUACGCAGUCUAGUAAUUGUGUAUGAUUUAUAGUCUGUAAACACAGUGGUUGCAGAUUGAGAAGAAUCCAGACAGAUUUCAAUGUACUACUACCAAUCUGCUUUCCCUGUGUCACAUCUUAAGUAACUGUACCAGGCUAUAACUCUAAUUAUUAGUCUGCGGAUCUUUAUGCAAAAUAAAAUGUUUGCAAACGUAUCUACUAAAAUUGAACCUGAAUAGAAAUUUAUUUUACUUUGCAAGUAUUAUAAUGUCAACUUUACUUUCAAUAUUUUAUAUGUAUCAUUGGCUACUAUGUUUAUUCUAUAGUUUCUUGCACGUUCAGAUUUCCUAUAAAUGCAUAAGAAUACGCAGUCUAGUAAUUAUGUAUGAUUUAUAGUCUGUAAUCACAGUGGUUGCAGAUUGAGAAGAAUCGAGACAGAUUUCAUUGUACUACUACCAAUCUGCUUUCCCUGUGUCACGUCUUAAGUAAGCAGGCUGUAACUGUAAUUAUUAGUCUGCGGAUCUUUAUGCAAAAUAAAAUGUUUGCAAGCGUCUCUGCUACAAUUCAACCUAAAUAGGAAUUUAUUUUACUUUGUAAGUAUUAUAAUGUGAACUUUACGUUCAAUAUUUUUUUAUAUUAUUGCAUACUGCAUGUAUACAAAUUUCCUAUGAAUGUAUAAAAAUCCACAGUCUUAUGGUAAUAGCCUGAUAUUCGCGUUUAUUUCAAGGGUUUUCGUGUGCUCUAAGCUCAUGUUUUGAAUUCAACCCCAAACGGGCAAUCUACGAGAGUGUUACCUGCUAAAUUUUUACACGGCUACGAUUCUACCGUUAAAAGAUUGAAAGUAUGCUACAAUCAAGGAUCCGUUACCUAUUGUUCCUAAGAAGCGUGAAAGCGUAAAUGUAAGUGUGAGUCGAAUGAACGUUUCUCGAGUGUUUGACUCGUCGCAUAAGCUACUAGAUUCUCCCCAUAAGUUCCCGGACACUUGAUACUUGAAUUUUCGACAUUUGAUCCAAAUCGGAAUUGAACAAUUGGCAGAAUGAUGGAUGAAAACUAUCAGAAGCGAUGGCAUUUAUUUUGAAGAAUAAUUAUUGUUUGAUUACGAUGUUAUUAUAAAAUGAUUUAUUUGCAGCAAGUGUCCGGGAAUUUAUGAGACAACCUAGUAAAAUAAACAGAUUUCCGUGCACGAAGUCGGUGCAAAGCCAUUUUUCCCGCCAAAAACAAACCGCACCGCCAUUUUCGCUAAUCUCAAUUCUGAAGUAGGAAUAUGGCUUCGGUCAGUCAACGCCAAAAUCAGAGAAAUUAUGUAUGAAAAAAAGAAAGAGAGAAACAAAUCCAGUCUUCAGCACUUUCUGGUUAUUCGAAGUCACUCGAAAUCGUAAACGGAAUCUCAAUCGAAUUUUUUUUUCUUUUAUUUGGAAAACCGAAAGUUUGUUAACCUCGAAGUGCAUCUUGUACACCGUAUUCGAUCUUAAUGUUAAACGAGUUUUGUAUGUUUUCUAAGAAAAACCAAAGAGGACCCUCGAUGGAGAAACAACGAAUGUUAUAUUAAACUUUUUCUACGCAGCCAGAAAUAUUCUUCGUGUCGCUUAAAGUAACGGGUGGCUUCAAUUCUGCCAAAGUCAUCGUUGUUCAUUUUCGUACCAAUCGAGAUUUCUAACUGUUUACUUUGAGAAAAGAAAUUAAGACGAUGAUUUUGACAGUGUUAAGCUUCCAAGAAUUUGUUAAAUUUUUAUCUCAAUGGAAAAUGUCGAAUGUUCACGGUUACUUCUGUUUGAAACGUUGAAAAAGGAAUAAGGUGGAUCUAAAGAUCUAAAGUUUGUCUAAGAAAAACGCUAUGGCAAUUCCUCUUUCGGUUACUCGUUCCAAUAAGUACGAGCAGCUUACAAAAACUUUUCAUUGGUUGUGUCGGUGCUUCAAACAACCGUUUCAUUUUCUUUAGACCAUUCUGGAUAAAUGGUAAUUUAUACUUUCGUAGACCAACCAUUUGACACAGCUUGUUCCUCAGUAAUCUGUAACUUAGAUACAUAUCGUACGUGCUUGUUGGUCGUUCGAAGUUGGAGCAACUAUCAAACUUGAGGUUUCUAAGUUUAAGAUCUCCGUGUCCCUGUAUCUAGGAAUCAGACAUGCUGCGUGAUUUGAAGGAGCAUGUGCACGGAAAGAAAUUUGGACACCAAGCAUUGCCAGUUAUCACAACUAAAAAUAAUUCUAAUAAUAGAGAAGUGGUAUAUCGGAAUUAGAUACUUCACAGCACUAGCAAUAUCAAGCUAGAAUAAUACUGGACUCUCGAUGCAAUACUUCUGUGUUAUUAGAACUUGUACUGGAAACAUUACGACUCCAAAUUUCUUUUCGCGUAGAUUUUAGUCUAAAUCGCGAGCGAUCGUAGCUGUAAAUCGAAAAGAACCUAGUCAAUUGAUGAUCAUUAGAAGUAAUAUAGAGUGUAAUUAAUUCAUUGGACACUAGAACUAACUCGUUCAACACCCGUAGCCCAAAGGUUUCCGAUCGUGUUCUUUAAACUUUAUAUCGAAUAUAUGAUUUGUCGCUUCUUUGUUACACUUCCAAAGUGCAUAAAAUUGCGGAGAUUCGAACUUUACAUUAAUUUUAUAUCUUAAGGGUGCGCAGGACCCAGAGCCAAACUCCGAGUUGACUUCAGCGACAGUUGCGGAAAAAGUAGGAAACUUCGGGAUAAAGACAGAGAGAGCGAUACAACAAUUACAGGAGAGACGAGAACAGGACGAUUAGGCUAGCAUGAUUUUUUUCCAGGAUAUUGAAGCAAAGAAGCAAUAUUUUCUAAUAAUUCUGGUUUUAAUAUAUUCGUUACACUUUGGGAGAUACGACUCCAAGGCUUGAUUUUGCAAUUUCGGCCUUAAAACUUUAUAAACAAUAAAAUGAAGAUAGCAAACAUACUUUUAUUGCUUAUAAAGUUUUAAGGCCGAAAUUGUAAAAUCUGUCCUCGUCUCUCCUGCAAUUGUUGUAUCGCUCUCUCUGUCCUUGUUCCGUAGUUUCCUACUUUUUCCGCAACUGUCGCUGAAGUCAACUCGGAGUUUGGCUCUGGCUCCUGUGCACCCUUAAUUGAUCAAACGGAAACUCUCGAUGCAAAUGAACCCUUUGCACUAUCUUUUGCGCCUGUAGGUAAAGUUCGUUCGAUUCGGUUCUUAUCACGGUUAGCCACGAAUAAAUCUCGUCGACGAACGUAACACUUGCGUCGAGAUAUCAAAAAAUGAUGCUAGUCGAUAAAGUUAGGUGAAACUUAGCGUAAUGGUCAUUGAACGAGAGGCACGAAUAACGAAUCAAAAUUUGUUACGAUAGUUAAGUAGCUAUUAUGGAGUAUCGGUUAGUUAGUAGCGGAUACGAUACAAUUGUUAAGCUUAAAGGCACUUUUUUAUGACGAAACCUAAAUAAUUAGAGAGUAAACGAUUCGCGGUCGAUUAGCGUUAAUGUAUUAUCUCGUAUAUUCGGUAUGUCGUUAAAGUAUUCGAACGACUGUCGCGAAAAUAUACAACUGGAAUGGAUUUUGGAAUUUUUUAGCGAUCGUUUAAGAUCUAGCAAGACAUAUCUAAGUAUACCGAGGCCAUUUAUUAGUUGUCACGUUAAACUCUCGAGGCCUAAAUAUUAUACACUUUGAUUCUUAAUUAUUAUUAUUGCAUACUAAAAUUGUAAUAAUUUUAAAACUACGUUUUCUUUUACAAGUUCUAUUUCAAGUCUGUCUCAUAAGAGCGUGUCUGUUAUAUUUCUGUGAAUCUUUAUAUAUUUAUACAAAAUUUUAUAUGGGUCGAAUCUACACCUAAAACACUAAUACGCAUAAUUUCAACAUUAUUUGUGCAUUCAGAUCGCGAGUGAAGAUACAUAAAGUGCCGAAACCUCUUGCGAUAAAGUAACUCCAAACAUUCACUUUUACAGGGUGUUUCGCACUUUUCUGUAUUAUUCUUUUUCUACGGACAGACCCAGCAUGUCUAAUAGGACACCGAGCCCAAAACGAAGAUUCAUCACUGAACACUGUAUUGCUCCAAUUGCAAUCACUACUUUCGUGACCAGAUACCAGACAAUUUUUGGCAAAUAUAAUUGCUAACGGAGGAUAUUGGACACCUUACUAGGUAAAUGCAUAUUCGUGCUUUAGGUGUAGAUUCGACCCAUGUAAAAUUUUGUACAAAUAUAUAUAUAUAAAUAUAUAAUACAGUCUGUGUAAGAAGUAUUUGUACAGCAACCAAUUUAAAAUAAAUGGUUCCUGUACGAAUAGUUAUUACACUGACUGUAUAUGUAUAAUAUAAUAAAUAUAUAUAAUAUAUAUUUACAAAAAUAUGUAGUAAUUUACUUACAAUUGACUGUAAGUAAUUCAAUAUCGUCCAUCACGGUUUUUGAUUGCAAACGUUCGAAUACUUUAACGAUCCACUGCGUCUAGAUGCUCCGCAGUGUACGUUAAUUAAUUCUCGUACUGCCAAUUUUCCAUUAGACCGAACAUCGUUAAAAAUGGACAUACCGCGGGAUAAGGGGAACUUCUUGAACAUGAAACAAGCACUGUUCGUAGAUCACCGUUAUCGUCCUUUACCCAGGCCUUUCUCCAUUUACUCGUAGCGUUCGUACUCGCGAUCUUUGUUCGUUAGAUCAGAGAUUAGGUAUCGGCGACGAAACUGACUCGAUCUCGAGCGGUAUUCCAGCGAAAAUUGUAUCUUUAGGUCAGAUCCUCGCCAACGCGUCGACAACUUGUAUCUCGCAACAGUUGAAUUGUAAAUUCAGACGAAUAAAAGAGGAAUGUCGUUAUUGUUAA